AUGUCUAAGAAUAUGUUUGGACUCGUGAACGGAUUAAGGCAGACUGUUAGAGUUGCUACAAAGGUUAAUGCUGCUACCGGUCUCCGUAAUGCUCCUCAAAUCACCAUGACUCGUUUUUAUCAUGAAAAAGUGAUUGAUCAUUAUCAAAACCCUCGUAACGUUGGCUCUCUCAAUAAGAACGAUGCUGAUGUUGGUACUGGACUUGUGGGAGCUCCAGCUUGUGGAGAUGUUAUGAGAUUGCAAAUUAAAGUUGAUGAAGCCACUGGAAUUAUACAAGAUGUUAAGUUCAAGACUUUUGGUUGUGGAUCUGCCAUUGCUUCAUCUUCUUAUGUAACAGAACUUGUUAAGGGCAAAUCACUUGAUGACGCACUUAAAAUCAAAAAUACCAUCAUAGCAAAGGAAUUAUCUUUACCUCCAGUCAAAUUGCAUUGUUCUAUGUUGGCUGAGGAUGCUAUCAAGUCUGCUGUUAAGGAUUACAAAUCCAAGCGCAAGGGUAUAAAGCCAACUUUAGGUGCUGAAGCUGCUGCUACUGCUGCUACUGCUGCUACUGCUGCUACUGCUUAA